AUGAAGGACGUCGGUAACGGAUCAUUUGUAUGUCCAAAUGAUCGUCAAUUACAACUUCGAGCAAAACUUAAUUCUGGAUGGUCAUUUCAUACGGGUCGUACACCAACACGUAGUGCUAGUGCAACACCAACAAAUCGUUUUGGCAGUGCUGCUGCUGCUGCAACAAAUGCUGCAACAAAUGGUAAUCAAUCAUUACGCGAUGAAGAAUUGGAAAGAAUUAAAAAAGUUCUUGAACGCGCUCAACGUAUUGAACUUAUUGAACAAGAACGUGUCGGUAAACUGAUUGAUCGUCUUGAUAAUAUGAAAAAACAUGCAACUGGAAAUGGUUCAUCUCAAUGUGUUUUAUGUGCUGAUGGAUUUGGUAUGUUAGGUGCAUCAUCUGUUUGCUGUGUUGAUUGUCAUAAAUCUGUGUGCAAUAAAUGUUCUAUAGAAACUGUUUAUAAUCAACAAGUUAUAUCAUUAUGUAAAAUAUGUAGUGAAAAUCGUGAAUUAUGGAAAAAAUCAGGUGCUUGGUUUUUUCGUGCCUUACCAUCGCGUUCAACUUUACCUUCAAGUGUAAAACCGUCCUCAUCAGCGAUAUCGUCAGUCACUACAAAAAGUGAUAGUAUAUCAAUUGAUGAUGAUUCAAGUUCUGAUGAUCGGCAAAGUAAUAGUAGUCGAUUUAAUCGACGACCUUCACCGAGUAUAGGGACAAAUAAUCAUUAUGCGAAUAGAAAUUCAUAUCAACAAAAUUAUGAUAAUACACAUUCUAUAGCUGAACAAGAUCGUGAUGAAAGUAUUGAUUCAUUUAAAACUGAUGAACGAAGUUUAAAAGAGUAUUCUAUUGAUGACUACAUUUCAAAAUCUCAAGGACGUGCAUCAUCACAACCACCAAUAUCAUCAACAUCGUCAUCACCUGUUCCAUCAAUGAUAUCUAAUGCAACAUCAUUUCCAACAAAUAUUCGUCAAUUAUCAUCUUCUAUUUUAACUACAUCAUCAUCAGUUGAUGACUGUGGAUUAGGUGUACUUGAUUUCGAUAUUAUAUGGAGAGAAGCGUUUAAUAUUUUAACAAUAACAUUAAUACGAGCCCGUAAUCUACGUUCGGCUGAUUUAAAUGGACUUUCAGAUCCUUAUGUUAAAUUACAUCUUGUACCCGGUGUCGCUAAAGCAACUAAAUUGCGCAGUCAUACAAUUCGUCGAACAUUAAAUCCAGAUUUUGAUGAAACUCUUGUUUACCAUGGAAUAUCGUCUGAUGAUAUGAAAAAUAAAUGGCUCAAAUUAUCUGUUCUUGAUGAAGAUUCCGUUGGUGCAGAUUUUCUUGGUGAAUAUCGUUUAAAAUUAUCAAAAAUUCGACCUGAUGUAAAAGAAGUUUAUUCUGUUUAUUUACAAAAUAAAACAGAAUUAACUAUGGAUGAGGAUAAAAAUGAACGUGGAAAAAUUCUUCUUAGUCUAUUAUAUUCAAAAUUAACAUGUAAUUUUCAUGUAAGAAUUCUACGUGGUAGUCAAUUAUUACCCAUGGAUUUUGGUCAAACAUCAGAUCCAUAUUGUAAAUUAUUAUUAUAUCCUUCAACUGAUAUAAAUACAAAAUGGAAUUUCAAAACAACAGUUAAAAAACAUACAUUACAACCAGAAUUUAAUGAAGAAUUCAUUUUUCCACAUAUACAAUUACAAGAAUUGAUUAGUAAAACAUUACAAAUAACAGUUUAUGAUAAAGAUGUGGGAAAAAAAGAUGAUUAUAUUGGUGGAUUUGAAUUAGGUCAAUCAUCAUCAGGCGAUGAAUUAAGACAUUGGUUAUUAAUGGUUAAAUCACCAGACCAAUGGACUGAAAUGUGGCAUAAACUAAAACCAGAGCAAUUUAAUUCAUCAUAA